AUGCCCUCGAGGAGCCAGUACAACCGCCGCGGCAGCGAUGGGGACGAGGACGAGCUCGUUGCAGUCUCAUCCGACUCGGAGGAGUCAGAGUCGGAGGCGAACCGCGGGGCCGAGGCGGACGACGACGACGAAUACGUGGGGGAAAGCAGUGACGCGGGCGGCGGGGACGAAGCGGAGGAAGCAGGCAGAAGCGAUUGCGGCGAGGGCGGUGACUCGGACGGGGACGACCACGUGGCCACGGCAGGCGGCCACUUCGGGGCCUGCGUCGCGGCGCGGCGGCUCCCGAUAAGGAGAGGAAAUCGCAGAACGUGGAUGCUCUUGUCAGAGUGUGUUAGAGUAAGUCCACACCUUUCUAGAACCGUCUGA